AAGAAGAAGCCGAUGGCGCGUUGUGAGUGCGCAUGCGCUGCAUAUUUUUCGUUGCUGGCUGUCCGUCUGCCAACAUUUUUCCUGCUGAGUGAUUUUAACUUUAUGGCCAGAUACAUGAGGCCUCCAAACACGUCUUUGUUUGUCAGAAACAUCGCCGAUGAGUCCAGGCCUGAGGAUUUGCGGCGUGAGUUUGGCCGCUAUGGGCCGAUAGUAGAUGUCUACAUCCCACUUGACUUCUAUACACGUCUACCAAGAGGAUUUGCAUACAUUCAAUUUGAGGAUGUGCGAGAUGCAGAGGAUGCUCUUCACAGCCUGGACAGGAAGUGGGUGUGUGGCCGGCAGAUUGAAAUCCAGUUUGCCCAGGGCGACAGAAAGACACCAAACCAGAUGAAGGCAAAGGAGAGACGUUCUCCAGGCAGAUCCUCCCGGUACGACGACUACGAUCGAGACAGUCGCCGCAGACGUUCGCGCAGCCGCAGCUACGACAGAUACAGAUCGCGCAGCCCGUCUUACGAUCGCCGCCGCAGACGAUCUGAGAGCCCUCGAGACUCUCGCGGACGGGUGUAUGGAAGAGGAAGGAGCAGGAGCCGUGAGGAUGACAGAUACAGGCAGAGGCCUCGGAGAGAGUCCAGAGGGAGAUCCCGAUCGCGCUCCAGAUCUGCGUCGCCGCGAGAAAACGUGAACCCCGGCUCGACUUCCCAUUACACCGAGGAAGAGGUGCAACGGACACACUCCCCAUCCCACUCCAGAUCCCGGUCUGCAUCCAGAUCACGCUCUCACUCGCGUUCCCGGUCCCGAUCCUGGGCCGGACGCAAGUCGGGAGGACGCUAGGAAGUACCCGCUGCCCCUCUAACCGUCUUUCAGUCAGAUGGAUCAGAGUCGGUCAUUUGUCAAGAAAAGAUUUGUUUGUUUUGACAUGAAUGUAACGUCGCCGAAACAUUUAUAGAAAGCUCCAUUUUAAGAACAACGCUGGUCCCUUGUUUGUUUUUAUAAAAGUUGUUUCGGUAAUAUUUCCUGAUAGGAACGUGACACAGUCGGCCGUUUCUAUGUUCAGUAGUUAGUCGGCCAGGAAUAAUCUGUCGUCUUUUUUAUACACAGUUACUGAUGAUUUUGUUUUCUAAACCCUAUGCACCCGUUUUUGCAAAAAAAGAACAUUCAGUAUUUUAAAAGGAAUCCAGUCUGUUGACGAAUCAAACCAGCGUUUCUGUGCAUUUAAUCACAUUAUAACAAAUAACAUACUUUUACAUCACUGCUGAUUUGUAGAUUUUUCUUGUUUUUUUACUUCUUUCCAAGGAAGCCAUGGGAGUCUGUUUAUCUCUCAGUAAGAUAUUUGAGAUAAUCAUCAACAGUUACAGAAUCAUUUCAUGGUAAUUGAGCUGUGAGUGCAGACUAAAAAAAAAAAGCA